CUGAAGUUUCGGUCUAUUCCAUUUUCCUAUUUUGUUUUGAUUAUUCUAAAUAGGCGGUUAUCGGUUAAUUUGGAAUUAUUAUCUCUUUACCCAGUGAAUUUACAUUAUUGUUGAUAUAUAUUUUAAAUCCGAUGGUUUAUUAUUGUUUUAUCUUAGUAAAAAUUUAUCCGUGAAACAAUGUAAAUACCAAGUCAAAAUAGUGUGUGAUGUAAAAGUGUGUUCCCAAUCCUAGUAUCAAGAGUAGUAUCCAAAAAUGACGAAUAAUACAGACAGUACCUUAUUAAACGCCUCAGAAUUUAUCAAAGACAGACUGUAUUUUACUUGUGUGGAAUGUACAGUGGAUCUAAAACCUACACCUACACACCAUUAUUUCACACUGAAUAACAGUAUAUAUUAUGACAGUUUCUAUGAAGACUUUGGGCCCCUAAAUCUUGCUAAGAUAUACCGCUUUUGUACGAAGCUGAAGAAGAAAUUAACCAACACUGGACUUAAGAAUAAAAAGAUUAUUCACUAUGUCUAUGAUUGUACCAAAGAUGCUAAGCAGAACAGGGUGAAUUCAGCGUUGUUGAUGGGUGCUUAUUCCAUAAUAUACCUUUCUUAUACACCUGAACAAGCAUUUGAAACUCUUAUGAAAAAUUCUUCAAAAGAAUUCAUUAAAUUCAGGGAUGCGUCUUUUGGAGAACCAUAUACGAUCACUCUACUCGAUUGUCUGAAGGGCAUCAAGAAAGCAUUAGACUACGGAUUUUUUAAUUUCGAUGAUUUUGAUCACUUCAAGUAUGAGUUUUACGAACAAGUUGAACAUGGUGAUUUCAAUUGGAUUGUUCCUGACAAGUUUAUUGCUUUUUGUGGCCCUCAAGAGGUGCCUCUGAGCUGGGGAGACCACAAGCCAAAAAGAUAUUUUGACUAUUUUAAGAACCACAAUGUCUCGACUGUUAUUAGAUUAAACAAAAAGACAUAUGACUCAAAGAUCUUUAAAAAAGCCGGUUUUGAUCAUAAAGAUCUAUAUUUCGAAGAUGGUGGUACACCGAGUGAGUCUAUCUUGCAAAAAUUUAUCAGUAUUUGUGAAGAUGCUAAAGGAGCUAUAGCGGUGCAUUGUAAAGCAGGAUUAGGUAGAACUGGAUUGAUGAUUGCAUGUUAUAUCAUGAAGCAUUAUAAAUUUACUGCAGAAGAGGCUAUUGCCUGGAUUAGAAUUUGUCGCCCAGGAUCGAUUAUAGGCCCCCAACAAAGUUGGCUACAGGAAAAGCAGAAACAAAUGUGGGAAGCUGGUGAAAGUUAUAGGAAGGACAAUGGUAUCGAAGCACCAAUUAAACACAAAAUGGGUAUAUACUCUUUAACUACAGGGAACGACCCAUACCCAGUUAGUUAUGAAAAACUAUUGGAAAAUCUAGCAGAUACAGGAGAUAAUGGUCGUGAUCCAGAUGAAGCAUUUACAGGGAGCUUCUUUACCAUGAACCAAGGAGACCAACUUAACCGUAUUAAAUUAAAAAGAAGAAAAAGAGUUGCAGACAUCCAACGCUGCAAGCACAAACUAAGGAACCGCCCUCGUAAAGCUACCUUUUCAUCUUUCUAUGAAGGACUUACAAAUAAUCGUAACAUACCUAAAAAAAGGGUUUCGUCAGGAGAACAAGGAAUCAAGAGAAAAGCUAAGGUAUUAAGAAGGAGCUUGUCUGAUCGUAAUGAUCAGUAAUCACAUUGGGAUAACCAGAGUGUUGCAAACUUUUAUGGUUCUUCUACGUUGGCCCCUUCAACAAAAUAUUGCCAUUAUUCCAAAAGCACGCUCCAAGAAACAUAUUGACGAUAAUAUUGAUAUAAACUUUGUUAUUCCUGAAGAUGAUAUGAAGAUAUUAAACGGUUUGCCACAAACAAAAUAUGCUUGGGACCCAGAUACCAUAGCUUAAUUAAAUUUAUACUUUUACGGAUUAUACUAACGUAGUUCUUAGUUUUAUUUUUUAUAUUUAUUCUAACUUUUUCUAAAAAUAAAGAUGUAUGAUAAAGAA